AUGGCGGGAGUCGGAGAGGCAGCAAGCAUCUUAGCUCUUGCGAACUUUGCCUAUGAUACGAGCAAAAAGCUGUACGAGGUCGUUUCCAGUUUCAAAAGUCGACGGACAGAUAUCCGAGAAGUCCAAAGUAGCCUUACUGCCCUGGUCUUUGUGCUCCAGCUGGUCCAACAGCAGAUACUGGAAUCGGGCGACGAAUGCAAGUAUGAGCCCCUCCGCCAGCCGAUGCAGUGCUGCAUAUCGACUGGUGAGGACAUGCAGAAAUCGUUAGAUGCAUGCACUCAACGUUCGAAUGAUGUCCACGCCAGCAUUCGUGACUGGCUCAAGAUGCAGUUCCAUGGGAAGAGCUUCGCCGAUAUGAAGCAGCGACUUACGAGCUAUCAGUCGACGCUGAGUAUUGCGUUUGCUUCCGUCAACAUUCAAGACCACGGUACGACACAAGAAUCGAUCGAGGACAUGAAGGGUCUAAUCGAAGGCACGAAGCAAGACCUGAUUGAUCAGGCGGAGAAAGUGGAAGAAGCCAUUCGCGAUGCAGCGGAGUCGUUACGAGAUCGUCUUCGAGCCGAUCGUGCACAAAUACAAGGCGCUCUGGGAGCUCUUAAGCAAGCACAACAGGUGGCGAAUGCUACACGCCCGGGAAUUAUGAUUAAGGAGAACCGAGCUGGACACGACGCUCGUGCAAUCUUUGGGACCGAUAUUUUGCGACCUCAAUUCGAUCUAAGGGUGUCAAACAAUACGGUAGAAGAAAGGGCGACCAUGGCUGCAGGUGUGCACAGCACAGAGACACUGCAGGCAUUGUUGAAGUCAUCGGGAAAGUCAGAAUUGGCCCUCCUUCUGCAAACGUUACAAAGUCCACUUCGAUGA